AUGGCAUCCACCACGAACCCGCCCUUUUCGGGAUGGGAAAAAGCCGGCCUGGCGCUGCAGCUAACCCUCGCCGCGCCAGUGCAGCUGCUGUACAACUUCGGCCUCGUCGUGUCCCGGGCGGCCUGGCGGGGGUUGCCGCUAGGCGACUAUGCGCACUGCGGCUUCAUCAGGUUCGUGCUGUGCAACGCGUCGGCGCGGCAGGUGCAGUACCUGUCGCCGCCGACGGCGGCCAUGUACGAGCUGUGGAUCAACGGCCGGCGCAACGGUAAAAUCGAAACGGGCGACCAAGUCACGCCCGACGAUGCCGCGUGCCUCGCUGCUGCCGGCCGCCUGCAGCACGACGUCGAGCCGCUGCCCGACGGCGCCUCGUCGCUGCUCUGGCUCGGCAACCGCCGCCGCGCCACAAAGUUCGUCUACUUCCUCCACGGCGGCGGCUACACGCUGCCGAUCCAGCCAGGCCACCUGGAGUGGUGUCUUCGUGCAUACAUCCUGGCUGCGGCUGGUCGGGCGCGUCAGAAGAACGGUAGCCCAGAAGGGGAAGAUCAACAGCAAAGGGAGGAUCAACAGCAAAGGGAGGAACAAGUCGCCGUGGCCGUGCUGCAGUACACGCUCUGCCCCGGCGCGCAGUACCCGACGCAGCUGUGCCAGGCAGCGGCGGGGCUCGCGCACCUGCUGGCGUCGGGCAUCGCGCCGGGCAAUAUCGUCGUCGGGGGCGACUCGGCCGGCGCUAACCUGACGGCCCAGCUUGUUAGCCACCUGCUGCACCCGCACGCGACUGCGCCACGCAUCAAGCUCGCAGCACCGCUGGCCGGCGUGUUCCUCGUAUCGCCGUGGGUCAGCGCGCGCGUUGACACGCCGUCGUUCGCCGAGAACGACGGCGUCGACAUGCUGUCGGCGUGCUACGUGCGGUCGGCCAACAACCACAUCGUGGGCGGCGCGGCCAGGGCAGUCUUCGACGCAGAGGUCUCCCGUGGCGAGGGUUGGGCCAUGCCCGCCGACGUCGACGCCAGCUGGUGGGACAGGCUGCGCGACGUCACGCCCGCGCUGUACGUCACGGUAGGCAAGCACGAGGUGCUGAGGGAUCAGGGGGUUGUGUUUACCGAGGCGGUCAGGCGGCGCAAUGCCGCGGUCGAUGUCCGCCUCGAGGUCAUGGACAGCGAGGCGCACGACUUCAUCCUGCUGGAUGGCCAGGCGAAGCGGGACGGCGAUCCGACCAAGCGGAUGAGGGCUUGGGCGUCGUCGGCGCUCUGGCCGUAG